AUGUCAUCUAGACCUUCCGCAAAAGUGCUUUCCGAGUCACCACGAUCUUCUCCUCCUCCUUCCAUCAGAAACGCAAGUUCGCCUCCACCGACCACGCACAAGACAUUGACGCGCCAACGAUCAUCUUCGCUUCAAAAGGGUGCUGCCGUGCUCAGGGCACUAUCACGAGCCGAGUCCGACUUCGAUCGUGAGAUGCUCGAGACGAGUGGGGUUUUGCAAACAGAUCCAGCCAGCAUCACAGCACCUGUUCAGGACGGUGCUGCCAACGAUACCGACAUGACUGCCAAAACGAUAGAUGGCAACGGCAAUGCUUCUACUCUACGAUCACGUCGACCAAAAGCCGUCAAGCGCGUUUCUAGUGGAACCCUAUCCAAACAACGAUCACAUGGCUCUGUGGUACCAGCCAGCAAGAAGAGUUGGGAGAUUCCGCGCAAGAUCUUCCACAGCUCGAUCGGAUUCAUGGUUCUACACCUCUACCUUUCCGGCACAGACCUCAACGUUAUCGUUCGCAAUCUCUCCUACUUCCUCGGCGUCGUCGUCACAGCAGAUGUCAUCCGACUCAAUAACGACCACUUUGAACAGAUCUACGAAAAGGUGCUGGGCUUCCUCAUGCGCGAGUCGGAGAAGGACAAGGUCAAUGGAGUGGUGUGGUAUUUGGUCGGUGUCAUCUCCUCGCUCCACUUCUUCCCAGAGGAUAUCGCAUGCGUGUCUGUCAUGAUCCUGUCAUGGUGCGACACUUGCGCUUCAACAUUCGGCAGAGCGUUCGGACGAUGCACACCGCCUCUGCCCUCACCGCCUUUCGCUCGCCGCAAGUCUACAGCUGGCUUCCUUGCUGCCAUCGUCAGCGGUGCGCUUACUUCGUAUCUCUUCUGGUGCACCUCGAUCGCUUCUGCAGGCAUUCGCACCAACGGCAUCUCCUGGUCUGGUUCAGGGUAUGCCCAUCCAGCCAUCUUCGGAACAGAUCGCGUUAGCGGGGCGACAGGUACUGGCUGGGAAGGGUUCUCCAAAGGCUUCAAAGGUCAGAGCGGCGCCGGCCUUCUGCCGGGAGCAUUGGGCUUGUCCGCACAGUAUCUCGGCGCUGACAGCAUCGCAAAGGGCAAGCUCGGCACUGAUGCUCUGCCCCUUUCCAAGGACGUGCCCGGUAUGCCUUGGUGGCUACUCACAAUAGGUUCAGGAGUCGUGGCAGGUGUGGCGGAAGGACUCGAGCUUGGGGGAGUAGACGACAACCUUUCACUUCCGAUCUUGUCGGCAACAGGCAUCUGGGCAUACCUCUAUUCGUGGGGACGUCUAGCUUCGGCUUGGCAGAGGUGGUUCUCCUAA